UUAUAUAACAGAGCACAUAUUUCUUUCCGUACGACCCUUUUUAAGGUUUGGGUUAAAUUCAUAACUUAUUUUGAACUUGUGUCACGGAUCAACAAAAGCAAAGUAGUCCAUAUUAUACCGUGAAAGUUACGCACGACAUCACCGCUGCAGGAUAUCCUUCUCCUCCAGUCCAGAAAGCCGUGGUUUCGCUGAAUCUAUCACUCCCAUUUCAGCAGCUAUCACAUCAGAAAUGGCACAAACAGAGAUUUAUCGUACCUACAUCCAUCAGAACCAUAUACAGCAGAUUUUAAAGGACUGCAUAGUGCAGCUGUGCAAGAAGAAGCCGGAUAAUCCUUGUCUCUUUUUAUCGGAAUUUUUGCGAAGCUACAGUGUUGAGCAUCUCUCCUCACGAGAAAAACCAAUCGGCAGCAUGUCAGCGGAGGAUACCAGCGCUGGACCUAAUGAUGAAGUGCAGGAGGAAGAAGACGAUCAGAUGGGCUCCGCGAUUGCGGCACGGCCGAGAAGACAAGCAAUCAGUGCCGAGCCAAUUAACGAUAACGAAGCUCAAAACUACGUUAAAAAGGUUAUCCCGAAAGAUGCUCAUACGAUGGGACGCUUAACCAAAGCCGCAUCCAAAAACUUUUUAUUCAUACAUCUGGAAGAAGAUGAACGAAGGGAUAUUUUUGAUGCGAUGUUUCCGGUGCAGUAUAAUCAGGGUGAUAUGAUUAUCAAGCAGGGAGAUGAAGGGGACAAUUUUUAUGUGAUUGAAUCCGGAGAAGUGGAUAUCAUAGUGAAUGGGAAACUUGUAAAUACCAUUGGAGAAGGAGGAAGUUUUGGCGAACUUGCCCUGAUUUAUGGAACUCCCCGGGCUGCCAGUAUUGUGGCUCGCUCAGAACAUGUCCGUCUGUUCGGCUUGGAUCGCGAUACAUACCGAAAGAUUCUCAUGGGUAACACGAUGCGGAAACGCAAGAUGUAUGAGGACUUUCUGAGUCGGGUUCCGAUCCUAAAAAAUUUGGAUAAGUGGGAACUUCUGACUGUAGCCGACGCCUUGGAAGUCUUGCCAAAAUAUAACGAUGGUGACAUCGUAAUCCGCCAAGGCCAAAAAGGCGAUGAUUUUUUUAUCAUUAUCGAAGGAAAUGCCGUAGUUCUGCAGCAUCCCGAGGGUAAAGAGAACGAAGAGGUGGUCGUGGGCAAACUGGGUCCGGCCGACUAUUUCGGCGAGAUUGCUCUGCUGUACGAUAAACCGCGCGCGGCCACUGUCCGCGCCGACGGCAUCCUCAAGUGCGUUAAAUUGGAUCGGCCCAGAUUUGAACGAUUACUCGGACCGGUGUCGGAGAUUCUGAAGCGGAACGUACAACAGUACCAUAGUUUAAUUGAGUUGGGGGUUUAGUCGCGGUGGGAAUGGAAUGGAUUGUACCGGAGUCGCCUUGCCGGAUUCGUUUAUAAUUAGCUGGGGUGUUUUGGUGCGAUAGCUAUCAUUAUGUAUCCAGAUUCUUUAAUUCCAUCACACUGAUCAUCCGGAUUGCACAUAUACGUUGACGUCGACCAUAUUGGCGCGAGACAGUGCGGAAAACAGGAGUCGUUAAUCCUGAAGCAAAUAAUUCACUUACUGCGAGGAAGUGCGACUUGUUUGUACAUUUACUGACAGUGCACGGAAACAAAUGUGAAUGUGCGGCAGGAGGCUACAAUGGUGUUUGGGUUUAUUUAAUUCAUUUGUUGUUGUUGUUGCAUGACAUUUAACUUGUGCUUGAGUUGGCUCCGUGUCGUGCUGCAGAUGUGACAAGUUUGUGGACACAAUUUUAUCAGAGAAACUUUUUUGGUUUUCGGGUAUAAUUGCUCUUAAAUUCUA